GGUCAACAACACAAUAAAAAGCAAUAAACCCCUAGGGCGGAGGCGUAUAAUCAAAACGCACACAGAAGGCAGGUGACACAGAAGGCUAGGAAGACAUAAAGAACCAAGAAAAAGUAACACCAUGGAUUUGCUAUUUCACUUCGGGAAUUACGAGUCUUCAGAUCGAAAAGCAGGUUCGGCAAUAAUGACAAUGAAAAAGAUGACAGCGGUGGUGCCACGAUUUAACAACCCCCUCUGCGAAUGAGAAGUGUUGGAUACUAUUAAACCCAGGACCGACUGCGUUGUCAGGAUGUUCAGAUGCUUUAAAAGGUUGUAGAAUUUCAGUCCUCCACCAGGCAGCAUCACUGGGGAGGGAAAAACGGCAUAUCUAAAGCCUCGAGCCUGGAGAGACUUUAUUAUUUCAGCAGGCCAUAACAACGGAACCAUGUAGAAGAUUUUCCAGCUUAUAACUGUUGUGGGUUAGCUUUCUAGUUCCUUUUUAAGGUUGAUUUAUGUUUUAUUUCUUUUUCUAAAUUAAAUUACUGAACCAGACUGCCAAGUAAAAAUGGUUCUGCAAACAUCCCCCUACCCAAGUGCCUAUCUAAGCUUUCUCAGCAACCUGUCUUGGGCCCUGGUUUUCCCCUGUUACUGGAUGUUAGACAGGCUCCUUGCUUCAUGUGUAGCCACAUCACUUGAAAAGCGUAGGCGCUCACAGGACCCCUGCUCCUUCCUGGCCCUUGGAAUGUUAAUUUCAACACCACUGUACCUAGUACUGCUCCUGGCCUCACUACCAUUUGCACUGCUGGGAUUCCUGGUCUGGGCACCUCUGCAGGCGUCCCGUCACCCGUAUAUCUAUUCAUACCGCAAACCAGACACAAACCGGGCUGAACAUGGUACCGUUGCGGGAUCUGGGGCAGGAAUAAGUGAAUGGCGCCCACAGGGUCGCAGUUUUUGCUUCGGCAGUGCCAACGUGUGCCUUCUGCCGGAUUCGCUGGCUCGCUUUAACAACUUGGCAGACACACAGCGCAGGGCCCGAGAAGUGGGCAAGCGCAUCCGUAAUGGUGCGAGUCGACCACAGAUCAAGAUCUACAUUGAUUCUCCAACAAACACCUCAAUUAGUGCUGUAUCCUUCUGCAGCGUGGCCACCCAAGGCUUCCGAAGAACAUCCUCACUAGACCACCGUCCAGAACCAACAACAGUAAGUGAUGGUGACAGUGAUCCUGCUGCAGAGUGUCCUGUGCAUUCAUCUGGUGGAACGAAUACGGACUGUCCCGUUCAUAACGAGCAAAGUGUUCCUGAAUGUCCAUUGCACUCAAAUGGGGAAGAAGCAUCUUCAGAUUGUCCGAUCCACCAACUGGCAGAUAUGCAGGCAUCCAGUGAUUGUCCAGUCCACUCCACCACAGUGGUCACAAACUCAGAGGAUUGUCCCUUGCAUCCAUCUGGGGUCCAAAUCAGUAUCACAUCGCCUGACCCUGAGCCUUCUGAGGCUGAAGACCAAAAUCAUCGACCCAGUGAGGGAGACAUAGGCAGUAUGCACAGUCGCACUGCCUCCCGCGAGUCCUUGACCCGUUUCCAUGGUGCCACAGAUGGAGGAAUCCCAUCCAACAAUACACUCUCACAGCACCGUACCUCUCUCUUCAAAAGGCCCGUAGGCCGCAAGCGUCGGCACGGGGACGAUGGAUUUGACCAUGAGAUCUCAGCCUUUUUUCCUGCCAAUUUGGAUUUCCUGUGCCUGCAGGAAGUGUUUGACAGACGGGCAACGGAACGGCUCUGCGGGCAGCUGCACCGAUAUUUCCCGUACAUCCUGAGUGACGUCGGACGCUACGGCUGGAAGGGUUGCUGCUCAAGAUUCAAGUUCCUAAACAGUGGUCUUCUCUUGGCCAGUCGCUACCCCAUCCUAGAUGCACAUUACGAGUGUUACCCUAACGGCCGUGCAGAGGAUGCCCUCGCUUCCAAAGGUGUGCUCUAUGCCAAGGUCCAGGUGGGCACCUCGCAUCAGGAGCAGAGGAUUGUGGGAUACAUCACCUGCACUCACCUUCAUGCUAUAGAAGGCGACGCGUCGGUGCGCUGUGAGCAGUUGGAUCUGCUCCUGCAGUGGGGCACUGAGUUUAGGAGGGUCACGUCUCAAUCUGCAGGUCAGGAGAAAGGUAUGGAGGACCAGGUCGCCUUCGACGUCAUCCUCGGAGACCUUAACUUCGAUAACUGCUCCUCGGAGGAUAAGUUGGAGCAGCAGCACGCUAUUUUUACUCAGUACAGAGAUCCGUGCCGUCUGGGACCAGGAGAGGACAAACCGUGGGCUUUGGGUACCCUGCUGGACACAAGUGGUUUGUAUGAUGAAGAAGUCAGUUCACCAGAGAGCCUACAAAAGGUGAUGGAAAAUGAAGAAGGCAGGAAGGAGUACUUGGUUUUCCCAACCAGUAAGAACCAGUGUCCGAGUCAGAAGGGACGUAAGAUCCCACUGAAGGGAAACGGACGCAGGAUCGACUACAUCCUGUACAGAGAGGAAGGCCUGCACGCCGACUGGAAAAUGGACAUCGAGGAGUUCAGUUUCAUCACUCAGCUGGCCGGACUGACCGAUCACCUCUCUGUGUCAGCGCGACUUGCCGUGACUACAGGAGAGGAAGAGUCAUAAAUCCAGCUUCCUGUUACACAAAGCCACGUACAGAGAGAGAGCGAGAGAGAGCGAGAGAGAGAGAGAGAGAGAGAGAGAGAGAGGAAGCAGAACUAAGUCCUUCCCAGUUGCAUAGUGGAAAAGAAAAUUAGUAUGUGACGUUUUAAAUCUUGCCUCAUCCUCAUCAUGGAGGCAAGGCGUCACACACACACACACACACUCUCUCACUUACACCCACACACACACACCAACACACACAAACCACAGAUGGACACGCCGUCCUCUGUUUUAACCAGAGACACCACAGCUAUCUCACACUCUCACUUCCUCUUUCAUCUUGAGCGAAAUUCUAAGUUUCGCCUCAUCACGCUUUAUCACACACGUUCGUCUCAACCGCUCUACUUUUGCUUCUCCGUCACCUACGACUCGAGUAGAAGACUUUUUUUUUGUCGUGCCAUGAUUCACGGAGGUUUUACAGGGAAGCCUGGAUUCAGAGUAUUGCAUGUUCUGAAGGUUAACACACAGACAACGUUUCCCUUUAGCUCUCCUCAAGAACCUCAGCGAGAAGUGUCUUUCUUUUCUAAAUCUCUUUCUAGACCUUUCUAUGGCCGAGCGCCGUCUUUGUACAGAGUUUGUACACCGAGUCACCUGAUGAGACUCAAGCCUGCUCAUUAACUACAGUCAGAAUAAUUCUCUCUCCUAUUUCUAGCGGUUUAUUGUAGCCAAUCUUUGAAAUACAGUAGUGAUAGUGUGUGUGCGCGUGUGUGUGUGUGUAAGUGUGUGUGUGGGUUGAAGAUUUUUAACAGUUUGAUAAAUGCACAGCCAUGAAACUCCACCGUCCUGCACGACCAUAAACUCCUGAAAAUGAUUCGGAUUCAGAGAUCUUCAGGUUCUUCUUCUCUCUCACACUUUCUCUGUCUUACACACACUGUUUUUUUAUUCUUCAGUAUUGCUACGUACACUCACGAUUUGAAGUUCAUCAGCCUACCGGUCAGAGUCGAUCUUAUGACAUCGUUCACGACAUUUCUUUUCAUUCGACGUAGCAUAAAUAUUGGUUUUAAUUGUGCCACAUAGACCUUUAGCAUUAGCAUUUUACUGAGUUAAAGUUAGUCGCCUAGCUAGUUCAUUUAGCUAACGUGACCCGCUCUAGAACUCUAGCUAGCUUGUUAAUAUCAGACUAACCUUCUGUCACCAUGUCAUGCUAUCAUUUAAAUCGGUAUCCAUGCUGGCUAAAGAGCCAGAUAACAUUUGGUCUUUAUAUUGUGUAGGUUUGCUAGCAAACAUGUAGUGUAAACAAACGGCAAGCUAGUUAACUUUAAGCUUUGCCGUUACGUUUACGACAUUUUUUUAAAUCGAAUAUUAUUUCAUGCCUGAACUAUUUUGUGUGGUAAAACCAGUAUUUCUUUCUAAGCAUACUGAAAGUCGAAGAAGUUCUACGUCAGGGUUGCGUUUGGCUAAUGACUGAUUUAAGCCCCGCCCCUUUCUGGCAUAGAGAUGCCUUGGAAAUUGUCACUCACAAAUUCAGGACUUUUUUUUAUAGCUCUGAGGCUUUAAGUGAGUUUGCGGUACAGUAAAAAGACUUUCUGUUCAGGGUAACAAGGCUUUCUGUGUCCCCUCUGAGCCAAGAAGACCGCGCCUGUGCAAAUGUUUACAUGCCCCCACCCACCUACCCACACCCUGCCCUCGCUCAACACUACGGAGGACACUGAUGCGACUUGGACCUGAAACGACUGCACCACACGAACGAACUGCUGUACUUUCUAUUCAUCUGUUUGCUUUUAUAUGCAUUGUAUAUUAUUAUUAUUAUUAUUAUUAUUAUUAUUAUUAUUAUUAUUAUUAAGCAAUGCAGUGUUUUCCCGCAUUAGCUGAGGUGCUAAACAGUUCACCUGUGACAGAAAUUGGCAUCCUGUCUGAAUCCUUCUUAAAGUCCUAGUGUAAAAUUGCCAAAACAUGCAGAAGUUAAACACACAGUCGGGUCUGAAAACCUGAAUUCGUCAAGAAGGAGCAUUUUAUUUAAUCAGUCGCUAAGAAACACGGAUAUAAAUCACACGUCAGCGAGAAAUCACCAAAAACAAAUCCAAGGUAAAUAACAAGUAAAGCAAAGAAAUUUUUCUAUUUUUUUUUCUAGAUAUAACGUAUAUUUCUAUCAUAUAGUGUAGAAUUACUUCGUACAUCCUGUACACACUUUGUUUCAUCAUGCAUCAGUUUUUCACUUACAUUUAAUAUUUUACACCUACAUUAUAACAGCUAUAAUCAGACAUUUCCACAUCAGACACAUUUUUCUCUUAAAUUGUUUGAGAGUGUUGCUCCCGCUCCUGAGGUACACAGUCCUGCGUCAGAAAAGUUUUAGUUAGGCUCGGUUAAGUUAAGGUGCUGAGACUGGAGACAUUAUUAAAUAAAUAAAUAAAUAAAUAAACAUCUUUACAGAAAACUUCACCAUACCACCGAGGGUAUUAUUAUGUCGCUUUGUAGAAGCCAACAUUCUGUUUUCCUAUUUCAGCUUAGACAAAAAUUUAUACAAUUUUUUAUUUUAUAAAAAAAAAAAGCCUAGGGCUUUCGAGCCAUAUGCACCAAAUUCGGUUAUGUUGUAGAUCCUGGUCUGAAGUUUGUUGCUAUUACUUUUCUAAGCGAUCUGAGUACCAGUACUUCCGGUACCGGGUCUCAAAGUGGCCUUUUUUCCCAUAGACUCCCAUUAUAAAAUUUGGAGGUUUAUAACUCGGCAAAACUCGGUUCCUUUAGGGUGAUACUCUGAACAAACUUUUAAAUUGGUGUACCGACUGGCCUUUCCGAUUGUGCCACAGCCCCGCCCCCAAAAUAUGCAAAAUCAAAAAACUUUUUACAACAUGGACAUGUGAUAUAUCAAAACACUCAGAACAAUGAGGGGAACUUCCUCAAGAGUAUUCAGAUGACGUCACAUAACGUUACAUGAUGUCACGUGAAAAUAAAAAAUUAGCACAACAUGGACAUGUGACAUAUCAAAACACUCAGAACAAUGAGGGGAACUUCCUCAGGAGUAUUCUGAUGACGUCACAUGCUCGUCUCCACUUACCUUGUCAAUGCCAACAUCAAAGUUUGUCGCUACGAACUUUACAAAUCUAGUUCAUUUUUGUUGUUGUUGUUGUUGUUGUUUUUUUUGGUAAAUAAAAACACAUUUUUAAAAUCAGGUCAGUUUUAGGAAGCGUCUCACGUAUACGAGUCUCUUCAAACGAGCCGUUACUAUAGCAACCGUAACGUAUUAGAACAAGCGUGCGAAUAUAUAUCAGAGCCGUGAAUGACACCCUUUCGGACCAAUGAGAAUCGAGCAUUUAACGGCGAUUCGGUUUAAUACCUGAUGACAUAAAAACUUUCAGGACUUUCAGACCCGACUGUGUGUAUAAUGAUGAAUGCCACAGAGAUAUUCUGGUUAAAGUAUAAGAUAUUCUGGCGUUUUAUUUUUAUGUUUUUUCUUUUUUAAAUGUAGAUUUUUAGAGUGUGUCAGUUUUUGAUAUUGGUCUAAAUAUCUAAUUCAAUACAAAGUUCUAGAACAAGAUGUUUAAAGGUUGCCAUGUUGACGAAAUGUAACUCUUUCUGUUCCUUAAAUGAAUCGAACCACGUUUGUCUUGACUGCUCGUGAGAAGAUACAAGAAAUUAUUUGAUUAAUCGAUCAGUCGAUCAUUCAAUCAGUCAGUGAUGUUGGUCACCCAAUGAGGCCAUGAUCAUCUAAUGUAAAUAAUUAAUCAAAAAUAAUCUUCAUUUAGUACUUUUACCUCAGAAUCCUAUAUCUUUUUUAUAGAUAAUAGCUUUAUUUCUAUAGCACUUCAUGCGUUUUUAAUUCCACGUCCUCGUCGAGGUGCUCUGUGCACCAUCAGGAAAACAAAAAGGUGGAAUUUGUAAUAUACACAAGGACCGUCUAGAGCAUAUGUUCAUUGCGUAACGUUGGGUUCAGCGAUUCUUUUGUAGAAAAUCGCUUGAAAAAGCAGAUGCCUUUUUUUUUUUUUUUUUUAUAGCCCCAAGCUCUA